UAUGAGCCUCUUCCCGCACUGCAGGCGGUUGCACUGGGGGCGAUAGUGGAAGGCUGGGCAGGGGAUCCUGACAGUGGGAUGCUGAAGUCGCUAGGUGCAGCCUUCUCCAAGGAGAUCUUCCAUUGGGUUUUACUUUGCUCCGUCUAUGUUGCUGUGUGUUGUGUGAAAGCGUUAAACCAUCCCCGACUGUUUUCACUUCCAAGGCUUCCUUGCAACCUUUCUCAGAAACAAAGAGUAUAAUGCCCAUGAUGCAGUGCGACUAUGAGCAAAGCACUCAGGCUGGGGUUCUGGAAGAAAACAAUUCACAUCCGCUCUGCUUGGGCCUUUAAACCCACGGAGAGGCCUUGGGCAAGUCCCAUUCCUCUGCCUCAGAAGAAGGCAGUGGCAAUCCUCCUCUGAAGAAACCUGGCCAAGCAAACCUAGAGUUACCACAACAGCAAGGACAAUAUGAAGCAUGAGUCGGAGGAAUUUGGGCGCAGAGGUGCUUCUGGCCUUGGUUUGGGGCUUCCAGAGGAGAGGAGGAGAUGGGUUUGGAAACCCCCAGUGGCACCUAUUGACAGCUGAUACAAGGCUUAGCAGGCCAGACCUCCCGCUAAGCAUGCCCCCUCCGCGCCUCCUCCUCCUCUUCCUCUUCCUCCUGGCUUCCUUCUCUCUUCCCAGGAGCUUCUCCAUCUACCAGAGGCCAAUGGAGCCCCCCGCCGCCCCGGUGCCCCUCCAGUACCUGCUGGAGCCCACCAGCCAAACGGUGCAGACCCAGCGGGGGGCAACAGUCAUCCUGCCCUGCAUGCUGAAGACCCUCCCCCAGAACUACAAGGUCCGGUGGAGCAAGGUGGAGCCAACCGAGUACAUGGAGGUGGUCAUCCUGAUCACCAACGGCGCCCACCACAAGACCUACGGCCCCCUGGGCAGCCGGGCCCACCUGAGGCGCAGCCACCGCUACGACGCCUCCCUCGCCAUCUCCGACGUGGGGCUGGACGACGAGGGGCGCUACCGGUGCCAGCUGGUCAAUGGCCUGGAGGAUGAGACCAUCUCUCUGGUCCUCCAGUUGGAGGGAGUCGUCUUCCCCUACCAAACCAGCCAAGGGCGCUACAAAUUCAACUAUUUUGAUGCCAAAAAGGCUUGCCAAGACCAGGAUGCCCGGCUGGCCACAUACGGACAGCUUUACAAAGCAUGGACCGAAGGGCUGGACUGGUGCAAGGCAGGCUGGGUCAUGGAAGGGACGGUGCACUACCCCAUCAUCAACUCCAGGGAGCCCUGCGGUGGCCGCCUACUCCUCCCUGGGAUCAGGACCUACGCCAACAAGGACAAGCGGAAGGACCGCUUUGACGCCUUCUGCUUCACAUCCGCUGUGAAAGGCCGGGUCUACUUCAUUCGGGGCCACCUGAAUUUCAAAGAGGCCACCCAGGCCUGCCACAUGGAUGGAGCCGCCAUCGCCAAAGUGGGCCAGCUCUAUGCGGCCUGGAAGUUCUCCCAGCUGGACCACUGCCAUGGCGGCUGGCUGGAUGACGGGAGCGUGCGCUACCCCAUCACCGCCCCCCGGGCCCAUUGCGGAGGAGUCCCUGACCCCAGCGUCCGCAGUUUCGGAUUCCCCAGCAAGCUGCGGAAGAAGUACGGUGUCUAUUGCUAUUCAGGGAAGUAGUGGAGGCAGAGGGAGCACCAGCCCCCAAAGAGAGGGGCAGAGGAGGAGUAAGAGAGGACCACCCCUGGCAGGGGCCAAUGGCUGCCAGGGUCCCUUCCGGUCUACAGUUUGAGGAGAAGCAGCUGCAAAAGGGCCCUUUGGGCAGCAAAGAAACAUGGGGCACAUUCACCAUACAGCUUAUUGCUGGCAACAAAAGGACUGAGGCAUCCACCUGCCUGAACACCAAAGCAACUGCCAGAGACUGGAUUGCUUCUGGUCUCCACAAAACACGCACACCUCUUUCUUUAGGAGCCAAAUCUGUCUCUUGUGCCAAAGAUGGAGAAGUUCCACUAAUGUUGAUUAAUUAAUUAAACG